AUGCAAGCCGCGCUCGUGCUCUCGACGCUUGCCGCCGCCGCGCUGCUUUCGCCCGUCAACGGCACUGUGGGCACGAUCUCCUGGGCCCCGUGCAACACCAACGACACGCUUCCGAACGCGGAGUGCGGAUACGCCAUCGUGCCGCUCGACUACCAGGAUCCCAGCAAGGGUGUCGCCAAGAUCGCCCUUGGGCGGUUCAACGCGACAAGCGGCACACGCAAGGGCAGCAUCUUCGUGAAUCCGGGCGGGCCUGGUGGCGCGGGAGUCGGGCUCGCGACGCAAGGAGGCGAUGCACUCCAGUCGUUGGUUGGCGAAGAAUGGGACAUCAUUGGUUUCGACCCGCGCGGGAUCGGCCAGUCCGAACCCGCAGUCGCGUGCUUCCCAAGCCCCGAGGCGCGCCAGGCGUUCAUCGCGAACACCGUCAUCGACCGUUCCUUCGACGUCGCGGAGGACCUGACGGACCCGAUGACCCACGCGGGGCUGGUCCAGCAGGAGCGCAACCGAAUCGGCCUCUUCAAGUCGCAGUUCGCGGUGUGUGCGCAGACGAUGGGCGAGCUCAUCGGCUACAUGGGCACGACGCUCGUCGCGCGCGACAUCGACUACAUCACAACGCUAAUUGACGGCGAGCACGCUCUGUUGAACUUUUACGGGUUUUCGUACGGGACCGUCAUUGGACAGUAUCUCGUGAAUCUGUUCCCUGAGCGCGUUGGUCACAUUUCGAUCGAUGGGGUUGUCGACGCGAACGUCUGGUCCAAUGUUCCUCCCUUCCAAUGGUUCCUGGGAGGCUGGCUGAGCUCGACGGAUAGCGUGUACUCUAUGCUCUUCGACGAAUGCGCCAAGUCCGGACCUGCUGGUUGCGCGCUCGCGAAGAACGGAGACAGCGGCGCGGACAUCAUGGCCCGCGUGGAAAACUUCACCAACAACCUUUACACCGACCCUCUCCCCGUCCCGAACGCUACGCUCCCCGGCGAGCUCACCUUUGGCCGCGGCCGCUUCUUCUGGGUCGACGUUCUCGUGAGCCCCACAGCAUGGCAAGGCGCCGCAAGCGCGAUGGCCGCCGCGCUCGCGGGCGACCCGACCGCGGUGCUGAACGCCGCGAACGAGAAGGAGCUGGUCGACCUCGAGCGCUCCGCGGUGACCUGCAACGACGUGCCGUCGUUCGCGGCGCCGACCGCGGAGCAGUACGCGGACGCGGCGCUCGCGGUGCUCGCGAACACGUCGCGCUUCGAGCUCGCGGUGGAGACGCACGAGCCGGACAACGGGUGCGAGUACUGGCCGGCGACGCCGCCGGAGCGGUUCGCGGGCCCGUGGAACAGCACGCUCAAGAACCCGGUGCUGAUCGUCAGCAACACCCACGACCCGGUGACGUCGCUCGCGAACGGGCGGCAGGUGCUCGCGAACAUGGGCGCCGCGAACGCGGGGCUGCUCGUCCAGGACGGCCCGGGCCACACGUCGACGGCGGUGUCGUCCUCGUGCACGGUCGGAUACCUGCGCGCGUUCUUUGCCAAUGGGACGCUGCCCGCGGCCGGCACGGUGUGCCCGAUCGACGACCAGGAUCUGUUCCCGGCCGCGCCGCCCAAGGGGGCGGUGGUGAACGUCGCAGUGGCCCCGGACUCGCUGAAGGAAAGUGUGCGGCGGAUAGCGAAGAUGGUGCUCGGGAAGUAG